AUGUAUCUGAAUCCAUUGUAUUUAAUCAGAAGAGAUACUAAUUUAAGUAGCAUUGACUGGUGCGAUUACAUUGUGGAUUGUUUGGUAAGGACGAAGAAGGUUUACAAUCCAGAGAAAAAAUCUUUUUUCUUUUAUGGACCAGCAGCAUACCUUAUGGUACAGAGUGGAGGAUUUGGAUGUGGACAUGUUAAUGAAGCAUAUGUUGAAGAAGAAUUUCAAGAAUCUGAGUAUAAUGAGGAGGAAUCUGGUGGUGAUGAGGUUGAAUCUGAUGGUGAAGAGGAUUUAUGUGAUGAGGAUGAAGAAGAUUUUGAUGUUAAUAAAGUUAGUGACGUGGAGAUUAUGAUCAAGGGAAAUGUUCUGGUGGUCAGGGGUGGAAGUGGUCCACAUGAGGGCAAUAUUGGUAAAAAUCAUGUUGAAGGUAAAGGUGAUGAUGAUGAAGAUGAUGAACAAGGAAAUGGAAGUGGAUGUAAUAAAGAAGAGGCCAUGAAUUUAAAUUCUGUUGUCGAAAAUGUUACUAAGAGUGUGGGUCUAAGUGUGGGUCUAAUUGAUAGCCAGGAAGGAGUAUCUUUUAGUCAAUUUAUUUGCGAUCCAGUUGUUGAAAGUUUUCUUAAAACUUUGGAUCAAGUUGAAGAUGAUGUGAAUUUGAAUUUGACUGGUAUUGAUGAUGCAAAGAAGGAUGGAGAAGGUGAAGAUGUUGAAGAUUGUUCAAAUAAAAAUAAAAAUGGAUCUGAAAAUGUUGAAGAUUGUUCAAAUAAAAACAAGGAUUCAAAUGAGACUCGAUCAUUGAAAAAUGUUAUUGUUCCAAGUUUUAGUCUUGGAUUUAGUCAAGAUUUUGAAGGUUCCAAGAAGUCAUCUCAAAGUCAAAUUUAUUUUGAACGGAUGACAAAGAAAAAGAUUAAGGAUAGAGUUAUUUUGGGAAAACCAAGUGCUGGUCCAGAGUGUGUUAUUCCAAAUGUUGAUGUUAUUGAUGCUAGUCCAGUUUCUUUUGCACCCCUUUGGACUUUGUCAUUUGAAUAUACUCAUUUGAAUGAAACUGCAAAAUAUAAAGUUUUCAAGGACAGCUUCUCUCGCAGUGUUUCUGGUGAUAGAGACUUGAAGGUUUUGAAGGAUGUUGAUAUGGUAUUUUUCCCGGUUUUGAGGCAUAAGCACAUAUAUCUUAUUGUUAUGAAUAUGAAGAAACGUGUUUUUGAGGUUAUCGAUAAUGGUGCAGAUGAUGUUGAUUUCGAUGAUAAGUAUGGUGCAAUUUUAAACCUCUUAUAUAGUAAAGAUUUGUUAUGUUCAAUGGAGAUAAUCUUUCUAAGUAAUGGUGGAAGAGUUCUUGGAGUCAGCUACAAUCUGUAUGAAAAUCUAGCUAGGAAUAUGAAGAACAAGAAUCUUGGAAAAUGGGGAACGUGA